CGAACUCAACUGAUAGUGGCUGAACUACAAUCCGAACUUUACGCAUAAGACAUGUGGAUGGUCUGUAGCCAUUAACAGAAGAUCAAGCAGACAUGUGGACGAAGAAUUCAGGGUUCGGAGUCCGACUCAUGUGCGGCCCACUCAUGUCUAGUUUAUUGUGUGCAUUCCACCUUUUUUUUUUAUAAACCAACACCAAUAGGUCAGUGGAUCUGACUCAUUUGUAUUCUACUCUGGAACUCGCGAAGUCAUCGCCGUAGCUGUGAAAAUAGGAUCCACUACUCCAGCAUCCAAUACAAGGCAUAACUGAUAGUGUGAGGUUAGAUUAUUUUGUUGGAUGAAAAUGGUAAACACCGGGUUACUGAUUCUGACAAAUCCAACGAAAGUUGCUAAGAUCUUGCCAGCUAUAAAAGCUCAUGUUCUGAAAACUCUAUACAUCCAAUAUUUUCCUGAACGAAAUGUUUUGCUCUCUGGUAACUAUAAGCCUCGAUGGCAAGGUCCGAGAUAUGCGCGGACCAUAUCUCGCAUCUAUUCCAUGGCUUCUUCAUAUUCUCCCAGCCUCGAUGUACGGGUGCUUCUCUCAGGAAUUAAAAAUUCAAAUACACCGAUUAUAAAUACUAAAAAGCCUGUGGAAAUUGUCAUAUUCGAUCAAACAUACAGCAAAAAUGAUGCUACAUCAUUCAUACAAGAUUAUUUAGCCAACACAUGCAUGGGCUGCAGUUUUAUCACCUGUGAUGAUAAUGGCGCAGAUAAUGGCAACGAAGAUCAUACUGAACCGGCUCGGGAUCAUGUUUAUAAAAAUGUUGUACUUGGUGGGACUUUUGAUCGACUCCAUAACGGGCAUAAAAUAUUACUUAGCAAUGCUGUUCUUCGAUGCAGCCACAAGCUCACGGUAGGAGUAACAGACACCAACAUGUUGCUUUCCAAGAAACUUUGGGAAUUGAUAGAGCCUACUGAGAAAAGGAUGAAAGUACUCAGAGAAUUCCUUGAAGAUGUUGAUCCAUCUUUAGUUUAUGAUAUUGUUUCGAUCAACGAUCUCUAUGGACCAACAAAGGAUGAUCCUACGUUUGAAAUGAUCGUAGUCAGUGAGGAAACUAUCAGAGGAAGUGAUAAAAUAAAUGAAUUGCGCAUCCAAAAGGGUUUGAGCAAGCUUGAUGUCGAUGUUAUUGACUUAGAGGCUGAUCCGUAUUAUCAGGAACACGAAGAAACAAAAAUUAGCUCUAGCAAUUACAGGAUGCGUUUAUUAGGAACCAGAUUAAAAGAUCCGAAUUUGGAUGGCAAGCCACUGAAACCGUAUAUCAUCGGAUUAACUGGAGGUAUAGCCAGUGGGAAAUCAUCAGUAGGCAAGAAGUUACAAAGCCUAGGAGCUGGGCUGGUUAAUUGCGAUCAAAUUGCUCAUGAUCUUUACCGUCCUGGUGAGCGCUGUUACAAUCUCAUUGUAGAAAAUUUUGGGAGUACUAUAUUGAGUGCUGACGGUUUCAUAGACAGAAAAGCUCUCGGCGAUAUCGUUUUCAAUGACAAAGCUCAACUGGAUAAGCUCAAUGGAUUGGUUUGGCCUGCGAUUUUAGAUCAAGCAAGAAGUCAGAUCAAAGAAAUGUACAAGGCCGGAUUUGAAAUAAUAGUGAUGGAAGCAGCAGUCCUCAUUCGUGCUGGUUGGAAAACAGAUUGCCAUGAGAUAUGGACUUGUAUUAUACCCCCGGAAGAGGCUGUCAAGAGGGUAAUGGAAAGAAAUGGAUUAACAGAAAAUGAGGCCAAGCUACGCAUAGGAGCCCAACCAACCAAUACCGAACAAAUAGACAAUGCAAAUGUUGUAGUUUCUACAAUGUGGUCUCACGAGGUUACCUUAAAACAAGUUCAGAAAGCCUGGGACUACCUGAAAUCAUUUCUAGCAGAGCAGUCAAGCAGCUAGCAGAGGGUCAACGACCAACAUUUGAAUGAGUAAUUGAAUAGGUGGUGGAAUUUUGCCUAACAAAGUCCUAAGUACCUUGAAUACCAGGGCUCGUUAUGACGAUAAUGUAAUGAAUCAUAGGACUAUGCGCUUGUGGCUACCGUGUUUUAUUAUUAUCCAAGCAUCUGUGUAAAUACAAUUUUUCCUAAUAUUUCCUCUAAAUUUCUCCUGAUUCAUUGUCAGAUCUGGGAUUGAAUAGUGAUGAUAAUCAAGAGUAAUAUUGAUGAAAAUUAAGCUCAGAGAAUAUUGAUAAAAUUCAGAACGAGUUCAAAACGGUGUUCAAUAAUUUUAAUUAUUAAUAGUUUCAGUUCAUUAUCCAGGAACAAUGUCAAAAUGUAAUUCGGGAGAAUAAUAAUCCCUGUAUAGUAAUUCAAGUCAAAUCAUAACAGAGGGGUACAUUAAAUAAAUGGAACUUAUAGCAAAA